CGUACCGUUCGUCCGUGGCUCGCUCAAUCGGCCUCACUGGCCAGUUCUACCUGAGUCUUGUCAGAAAUCCUCGUUUCUGUCUAGAGAGGUCUCACGCUGGCUGUCUACGUCCUAUUCAGACAUCCUCGUUUUAGGAUCUACGCGCGACGCUCGCCCCUUCGCUCGAGACCUUCUCUCAGGCGUGUUUCUCUUCCCAACGUCUCACAAUACACUCCUCAUUCCGCUCCCACUACUGCGCGCUCUCGUCCCGUCAUGCCCAAGGCCGGUAAACCCGCGUUCUACGCCGUCGCAAAAGGGCGUGUCCCAGGGAUCUAUACGACUUGGUGUGGAUGAAUGCCAACAACAGGUCACUGGUUUCACUGGCAACAAGCACCAGAAAUUCUCGACUCUGGAACACGCAAAGAGUUACCUUUCGCAACACGGCAUUGACACCAACAACGAUACUCCAAAGCCCCCUCCCUCUUCUUCAGUGUCUUCUUCGAUUCCAUCCACCUGGAAACGUGGACAACACGGUGCUAAGCCAUAUACAAAACCCGUCGCUUCCGUCUCGAAGCCCGAGAGCAAGGCGGGUGAUUCGAAAUCCUCAAGAUGGGCGUCGUUGACCACCGAGAGAAUCCAAGAUGAGUCAGGUUGGGACGUAGUAUACUCGGACGGGGCAUGUAAGGGAAAUGGCAAGCCGGGGUCGGUGGCUGGUAUUGGUGUGUGGUGGGGACGAGACGAUCCGAGAAACGUCGCUGAAAGAUGCCCCGGAGGACAAACCAACAAUCGCGCCGAAUUAGUCGCCAUUGUCCGGGUACUGGAGACGGCACCGCACCAUAAACGGCCGUUGCUCAUCAAGACGGACUCGAAGUACAGCAUAAGCUGCUUCCGGGAUUGGAUGCCGAAGUGGAUGAGAAAUAAUUUCGUGUCGGUGAAUGGGCAGCCCGUCAAGAAUGCCCCGCUCAUCCGAUAUCUGUCAGCGCUGCUCGAUCAGCGCGCCCGCGAAGGUCAGAAGGUCCAUCUCCAAUAUGUGAAAGGACACGCGGGCGAGGAAGGCAACGAGGGUGCGGACUAUCUCGCGAACCUCGGUGCAACAAUGGGCGAACUACCUGAACGUGACUGGGAUGCCCUAAUUGAAGGCCUUAGUGCCGUCAGCGAAGAUCUUUUGACGAAACCUCAGUUGUCCAUCGCAGUGGCCCCCGCGCAAGCCGAGCUAGAGGCGUAUGCGGCCUGCUUAGCUGAUGAUGAUGAACUUUGGGCAGAAGUCAGUGGGACUCGAUAGUUUGGCCUAGUGGCAUGUGUACUGCACCGUGAUGAUUUGCGAUAAUGUCGAUUGCUCGAUGUGGUUAUAUC